GAGGCGGUUGGGGUGCCGUUGCCGUGGGAGGCGGCGGCAGAGUGAGGGGCGAGGCCCGAGGGGCCGGCGGCGGCGGCGGCGGCGGCGGCGGCGGCAGCGGGGACUUCCCGGCCGGGCUACAUUAUCCGGGCAGCAGAGGGCAUAAAAGCUGCUUUCCAAAUUUAGAUGGCAAUUUUAGAUGUGAUGCCUGAUGUCAACUAUUCUCAAGUAUGCUAAAGCCCAAUUCUGCUGACCAAGCACCUGAGCAAGUGACCGGCCAGUCUCCACAGGGUCAUCUUUCUGACGGUAGGAGUUGCAAGUGUAAAAAGUGGAUAGUGGCUCACGUGUCAAAGGAUGGCACGGUCACGAUCUAGAUCCCCCAGGUGGAAACACAGGUCUUUAUCGCCAGUACCUAGAAAUGCUGAACACUACAAGCAAAGACAUUCGCACGGGCAUUAUGGCUGUGAAUAUAGGAAGGAUCCAAAAAGACCCGUCGCUUGGAGAAUGGACAGUGAGAAACAUGGACAGAGUAAACCAAGGAUUCCCUCUCGUGGAAAUAUAUAUUACCAGUCUUAUGAACAUAGAUCACCUUCCCCUAACAUAAGAAACUCUUUAGAAAAUGUUUAUAUGUAUAAGCCUCACCGAGGAUAUUCGCCUGGAAGAGGGGACAGUAACAGGAGAGCUCAGUAUAUGCCCAAAUACUCAGAUGGUAUACCCUACAAAGAGCAUGAGAGGAAUUCUUAUCCCCAGAAAGUGCAAGGAGGGUAUAGUCCUGAUGACCACAGAGUUAGAGGAAGUGGAAAAGGGGGGAAACCACCUCAGAGGUCAAUAGCAGAUUCUUUUAGAUUUGAAGGAAAGUGGCAUGAAGAUGAGUUGAGGCACCAGAGGAUACAAGAAGAAAAAUACUCCCAGUCAACUAGAAGAGGCUCUGAAGACUUUGAGACAAGGAGCUCAUUUCAGAAGAGGUAUCCUGAGGAUCGUGAUUUCAGAAAAUAUGGACACACAUCAAAAAGACCUAAAGACGUGGAGAGGUAUGAAAGCAGAGAGCCUGCCAGGAAUCCAAAGUGGAAGCCCGAGCAUUCCCUCCCACCUUACCAAGAGGACACAGACCAGUGGAACCUUGGGCCCCAGACUUAUCGACAUGCUGAGAGGGAACACCCAGAGACCAGUUCAGCAACCAAAGUAUCCUAUGACUAUCGUCACAAACGUCCUAAGCUCUCGGAUGGGGACCAGGACUUUUCUGAUGGGAGAACUCAGAAGUACUGUAAGGAAGAAGAUAGAAAAUACAGUUUUCAAAAAGGCCCUGUAAAUAGAGAGUUAGAUUGUUUUAAUACUGGAAGAGGGAGAGAGACUCAAGAUGGACAAGUCAAAGAACCUUUUAAACCGUCUAAGAAAGACAGCAUUGCCUGUACUUAUCCAAAUAAAAAUGAUGUUGAUUUGAGGUCUAGUAAUGACAAACGGAAGGAAAAAAUAAAGAAAGAAGGGGAUUGCAGAAAAGAGAGCAAUUCUUCCAGUAACCAACUUGAUAAAAGUCAAAAACUUUCUGAUGUGAAACCCUUGCCUAUCAAUCUUAGGAAGAAAUCACUUACAGUUAAAGUAGAUGUGAAGAAAACAGUAAAUACAUUCAGGGUUGCUUCUAGCUAUUCCACAGAGAGACAGAUGUCACAUGAUUUGGUUGCUGUUGGCAGGAAAAGUGAGAACUUUCAUCCAGUGUUUGAACAUCUUGACUCAACUCAGAAUACUGAAAACAAACCUACAGGAGAAUUUGCUCAGGAAAUCAUAACAAUAAUCCAUCAAGUUAAAGCAAAUUAUUUUCCAUCACCUGGCAUUACUUUACAUGAGCGUUUCUCAACAAUGCAAGAUACACACAAGGCAGAUGUAAAUGAAAUUACAUUGAAUUCAGAUCCAGAAAUACACAGGAGAAUAGAUAUGUCUUUGGCCGAGCUUCAGAGUAAACAAGCUGUGAUCUAUGAAUCGGAACAGACUCUGAUCAAAAUAAUAGAUCCGAAUGACCUACGACAUGACAUUGAAAGAAGGCGAAAAGAACGGUUACAGAAUGAAGAUGAGCACAUUUUUCACAUAGCUAGUGCUGCAGAGAGGGAAGAUCAGAGUUCCAGUUUUUCAAAGGUAAAGAAUAUUCAUACUGAUGGAUUCCAAAAACCCAUGCAUUUUAUAAAAUCAAAUUUAAAAAAAUGUAUUGAAAAACCUUACAUGAAUUAUACUACGCAGAGAAAAGACAUAAUUACUCACAAACCAUUUCAGGUUGAGGGAAAUCGCCGAAACACGAGAGUAAGACCUUUUAAGAGCAACUUUAGAGGUGGCAGAUGCCAGCCCAAUUAUAAAUCAGGCCUGGUACAGAAGAGCUUGUACAUUCAGGCUAAGUAUCAGCGUUUACGGUUCACUGGCCCAAGGGGAUUUAUCACUCAUAAAUUCAGAGAAAGAUUAAUGAGAAAAAAGAAGUUUUAAUAGUGUAAGAUCCUAGUGAAAGGAAUAUACAGAUGUUGCCACAGGAAUCUAAUCUGAAAUCGUACAAAUGGAAAUGACACUACAGGAGAAUGUUUGGGAGCAUCUCUCUCUUUUUGUCAGGAGUUAGAAGUGACACUAAGGCACUAAUACUGUAACUUCUUGAUAAAAUAACUUUAUUUUUUAGUAGUGGAAUGCUGCAACUUUUUUACACCUAACAAUUGCUUUUAAAUUACAGUAUUCAAUUUAAAAGUUGUAUUAACUACAGUUUCCUUUGCAAAAAGUCUCAAAAGAAUCACUUGAAGGGCAUUAUUUGUUGAUGCGUUUUUCUCUGAGCAUGGUUUCAUAGAGAGAACUUCACCAAGUUAUAUUCAGACGUUUAUAUGUUGAAAGUUUUGCUUACAUAAUAAAAACAAAAACAAGCAUCUGAAUUGUAUAGUGUCUGUACAUGAAAGAACUUUAAACAGUGGCCUUAUGGUAGAAAAUUUUAUACCGGAUUUUUCUUUUUCUGAUGACAUUUUGGCUUAUAACUCGAAGUUUUCUUAAGUUUCUGAAGAUCAAGGCCUAUAUAAUUCAUACAUUUCAUAUUAUAAGAAGGCAAGAGACAAGGUGCUUCAAAUAUUCCAUCAGGUAGUUAUGAGUGCACUGAAUUUUUAGUAAUGUGUUCAUUCAGUUUUUUCCCACAACUAUUUGCUCUUUUCCAAUUUCAAAAUGCUAUUGUGGAAAAUAUGUAAAGAUUUUGUAAUCUAUAGUCCAUCUUAUUUUUCCCUCAGGGCAAGCUUGUGCAUAUCAUAUUUUUAAAGGCUUUUUAAAAAUCUGACACACAAAAUCUCAUAUUUGAAAAUUGUACUUUACUACUACAGCAUUACACAUUUUGCAAGCACAUCUUAUAGAGUGUUUACUUUUAGUUCAGUUGAUAUGUAGUGCAUACCUACUAUGUGUAAGAGCAAAUGGAUGGGAUUUUAAGUGAAAUUUUUAGGUCCCAGUACCUUAUUUCUUUAUGUUUUCUAUGUUCUGCUUAACAGUACAUAUACAUUCCCAAUUACAUUUUUGUGAAAUGUUUAUUUGUAAUAAAAUAAAAUGUUGUUGCUCUUUCUGCUUAAAGAAGUUACUUGCCAGUUUGUGAGAACAUUAUUUUAAUGUUGUAGGAGACUUAUAGCCUUGGAUAGCACCUGUUGAUGUUUAAAGCCCUGUUCUGUGCUUACAAAGACAGAGCUUUCAAAAUUAAAAUGUGAAGGUUGAUAAGAACUUGGUUUUUCAUGACUGGAUGUGAAAAAUCUUAGUACAUUCAGUUUUCUUUUCCAUAUCUUUAAAAAAGAUAGGGCAGCCUUUUCCUUAAGUGAGUUCAUGAUAAGGGGGGCAGGUGCACUUGAUUCAUUGCUAAGCAGGUAAUAAAUUUAGGUAGAUGGCCUGUCUUGUACUGUGUACAAUCUCUGUAGGUCAGAUUUUCCAAACAUAUUUAGCAUUCCAUUUAUGGUAAGAAAGAAAUGCAUGCACACUGGUAGUAUGGCAACUUUAUAUUGUGUUAGGUACUUAUAAAAUCUGUCUUAAAUUUUAAAAUAAUUGAUUUCAUUUACUCCCAUAUUCUAGGGGACAGUUAUGAGCCUUGAAUAUGUAAUCAUUUGAUUGACAACUAUGUAUUGCACAAAUACUGUACUAAAAUUACAGCAAUGAACAAGAAGACAAGACACAUGGACCCUACCUUUAUGGUACAAAGAGUCUAAUAGGAAAAAUGGACAUUAAACAGAAAUAUAACUUGGUAAAUGGCCUUUGUAGCUCAAUUUUUAUUUAUUGUAACACAUAAAGGUAAGAUGGCUGAUUUACUAUUAUUCAUUCCACAACUGAUUCCCUAUUUGGAUAUUCUUUUGGCACUGUCUCAAAAUGCAAAGCGUGUUAUCUGCAAAAUACCUAUGCAGAAAACAUUGUGUGUAUAAGAUCUAAAGCCUAAAAGGAAAAACCAGCUUGAUAAUUUAGAGUAUAAAAUAAGGACAGGGACCAUGUCUGUCUUGUCCACCAUAGUAUCCCCAGCACCCAGCUUCCUAUUUGACAUGUGGUAAGAGUUCAUUAAAUAUUAGUUGAAUAAUGAAUGAAUAGGGAAUAAUAGAAUAUGUUUAUUAGGAACUACUUGUGUAAUUUUCAUAUGGAGGUUGAACAAAAGGUUAUCCAUAGCAUUUUUUAUUGACUUGAAAGAAUUUGAAUUAUUGAAUGCAUAAGACUUGAGAAGACAAGUUUUUUUGUUUUUUGUUUUUAAUAAGUCCCAUACCAUUGCCUCCUCCCCUUCCUCCCCUACGUGCUAGGCCCUUCGCUGGUACUGGGAAGACAAAGAUAAUAAGACACAGUCCCUGCUGUGAGGAAGCUCACGCACUACUGAAGAAGAGAAUCACAAAAACAAAGAAUCACAAUGUAGAGUAAGUACUUUAGUGGACAUAUAUACAAGAAGUUGAGAGAAAAGUUGGCAUUUCUGGUUCAGCAUCCCCUCGUCAUGUUUUUUCCUAUUGGUUUCACCAACCUCAGAAGGCACUAUUCUUUUGGUGGUUUUGCUGGUUUUAAAAAUUGAUGCAUUGGGGGAAACUGGGUAAAUUGUACACGGAAUCUCUCUGUAUUAUUUCUUUUAUAGCUGCAUGUGAAUCUAGAGUUAUUUCAAUAUAAAUUUCAAUUUGAAGAAUUGCCCAUAGUCUUAUCACAGAGAACACUAUUAUAAAUAUUUUGGAUGAUACAUUUUCAUUUUUUUCUAUUGGAAAGAAACUCACUACAUUUACAUAUAACAAUUUAUGUAGAUGUAUACUAUGUACCACACUUUACCUAAUAAAUCCUACAUUUUUGAA